CGAUCUGUGUGUCCUGAUGCAGAGGUAGUCGAGGACGCUUUGUGAUCGGAUCUCAUUGUAAUGUAAACGCAAUCCAGCCAUCGUAUCUGCAUUUACAGGUCAACGUCACACAAAACCCCGCCCACUAUCAUCUCCUCUCACUGAAAGCUGUCAAAAAUAAAGGAUGUUAGGUCAUGGAGCGCAGGUGAGAGACGCAUAAAUUCAUAUUUGUGGAGCAAUGCUAGCUAUACGCUUAAAAGUAUCUUAAUAAAUCGAUAUACAAAAGCAUUUUAACACUGCUAACUGUAUUUCAGUUAUUCAGGCAUAUGUUAUAUGUUACAACUAUUCAUAGUGAGAUUUAAUGGCAGAAUUCAGGAUCGUCGUUAUAAUGUUUGAGUUUCCAUGGCGACAAAUCAAUGUGAAUGUUGCUCUUCUUUCUGGUCAAACGGCUGUUUCUGUCUCAUUUAACACAUUUUAAGUUACUUUAAAACACGUACAAACCAUAAUAACAUUAACCAAAUACAUUUAGUCAGUGUUGGUUUUAUGCAAGGUUACUUAUAUGUGUUUGUAAAUUAUAUUACUUCUUACGCACUAUGAACAGGAAUUUGUUAGCUCUUUUAUUUAAUUAAAUCAUAUUAUUACCAGGAAACAUAACUAACAACAGUUGGUAUGGUUAAAAUAGAAAUAUACAUAUAAGUUCAGGCAGAGCCAAAAGCCCGUUAUUAAGGCAGAAUAAAACAGUGGAGUCGGUCAUGUUUCACACGGAUUUUAUUGUUGAUUUAAAGCAUGCGGGUGAAGUUCAGGUAAAGUUAAACAGAACAUUCAUCCGCGGUGCGGACGCUGUAAGGCUUUUAAAGAUAAGGCUUUUAAAGCUAAAAAAAUAACGCUUAAAAUGUGAACAUCACGGUUGUUGGGGUAGCUAGUUAUUCUCUGUUGUUGGCUUCUCAGUAGCACUGUACAAUACGGGAUUGCGGUUAGCGCGAAAACCCUAAAUUAUGUGGCUAAAGACAGCUGUACCCAUUUUGAUUGACAGCUAUUCAUCCAGCGCGCCUCCCCGCACUGUAUCCGAUCACACAUCCGGAUACAGAAGCCACUUUGAUGUGGACAAAUGUAAACGCGCCGUGUCCUGAUAUACGGAUGAUAGGAUCUGCGUGAACGGAUCACCGAGAUCGCAUGUUAAUGCAAAAUGUAAACGCAGCCGUAGAUGUAGGCUAACCUUAACUUUUAGCAAUGUGAAACGUAAUGUUUAUUAAUUCAUUUAAUAGUGCGUUGAUAUGUGCCGUGUUGUUUAUUGUUAUGGUUUGAUGCUGGUUAAUGUGAUCGUUCUGAUUUCAGCCUUCAGAGCUGCUGUCACUAUCUGGUCUACAGUAAGUGUGUCCCAGGGAAAUGGCAGAUCACAUUAUUGAUCAACGCAUCAGGAUGUACUACAAUCAAGGUCUAACACAGGCAGAAAUUGCAUUGUGCCUUUCUGUUAGAGAUGGCUUUCAGAUUAGUCCUCGUCAUUUAAGGAGAAGACUAGCCCGGUUACAACUUUACAGACGACGGUUAAGUGAUGCUGCUGAGAUUGUUAACUUCAUUAGCAACCAGAUAAGAGGACCGGGUCGUCUUCAUGGUUACCGAAUGAUGCACGAGAGGUGCAGAUUGGCUGGACUGCGCGUGACUCGAGACAUGGUUCAGGAGAUUCAGUCACAUCUUGACCCAGAGGGCGUACAGCAACGGAGAGGAACAAGACUUCGGAGAAGAUGUUAUAGUGUCCCAGGGCCCAAUUAUUUAUGGCAUAUGGACUCUUAUGACAAGCUGACUCCUUUCGGCAUUGGAAUAAACGGAUGCAUUGAUGGGUUUUCGCGUCAUAUAAUCUGGAUGCAAGCAAACUCUUCCAAUAGUAACCCCAAAGUAAUUGCAGCAUACUUUAUGAAUGCAGUCACGGGACUCGGGGGGUGUCCAAAAAUAAUCCGAUCGGAUUUAGGAACUGAAAAUGUUCAUGUUAAUAGGCUGCAACACUUCUUCCGAGAAGAUGAGACUGGCGUUGUGCAUGGGCCGUGUGUGUUCCAAGGACGCAGUACAGCAAAUCAACGGAUCGAAAGCUGGUGGGGGAUCUACAGGAGACAGAACGCAAGCUAUUGGAGGGACGUCUUCCAGGAGUUCCAGGCAACUGGAGACUUUAAUGGGGAUUUCAUAGACAAGGGUCUCAUCCAAUUCUGCUUUCUUAAGAUUAUUCAAAAUGAGCUAGACACCGUUGUGACAAUGUGGGACAACCAUCGCAUUCGACCAGGUGGAAACGGACACCCAAAUUAUCAUGGAAAACCAUGUUUGAUGUACAAUGUACCUGAGCUCUAUCAUACACAAGAUUAUUUGCAUCCACUACAGUAUGAAAGAGUUGGAAUUGUUCUCCAAGAGGACAUUUGCCUGUGGAAAACAGACAUUCCCUGCGACCAUGACCUGCAUGAGCUCUGUUUGAUGGUGAUGGAAGAAAACAACAUAGCACUGUGUCAUAACGCUACAGAGGCAAUACGACUUUACAAAGACCUGAGGCCUUUAAUAAGAGCACUCCUGCCAGAGCCUCAUCACUGAUGUUGUUGUAGCAUACAGACAGAUGUACUGUCUAUGGUACUAAUAAUAAUGAUGAUGAUGGUGGUGGCAUUUCCAGCAAUGAUGCCUCUCUAAAAAUUUACAUUUCUCAAGUAUCAUUGGCAUUUGCAUCCAUUGAUGCUGUGUGUUGAAAUGUUUUACUAAGAUAAUGUGAUUUCUGUGUAGUAGGCCAGAUUCAUAAUGUUGGGUCUUGGGACCAGCAAGGGCACUUAAAGGAACACACCCAGAUUUUGGGAAUUUAGCUUAUUCACCGUAUCCCCCAAAGUUAGGUAAGUCCAUACCUUUCUCAUCUCCGUGCGUGCUGUAACUCUGUCUG